UAAGGAAUCAGAAUCUGUUACAGUGCUCAAUGACUUUAUGCCCUCGGAUGCAGCUCAAACAAGUUUGGAGUCAAACCUGAAUCAGCUAUCUCUGGAAAUGUUAAGAUUUGUCUGUUGUGGAAUGGGUCUGGAAGAAUCUUUAGAAGAAGGAAGUUGGACAGGCAAUAAGGCACAACAUUCAGUUCUUGGUGAAGGCAUGUUUGGUACUUAUGGCAAACAAAGUACGGUUAGUCAAAAUUUUCAAUUAAGUUGUGCAUGGGACAGAAAAGAUUUUGGCUAUAAAGCGGAAUCAGGACCCUAUGUUGUUAGAGUUGAUAACGAGAAUAGUUGGAAGGUUACUUCAAAAGUAGCAGUUGUAGAUAG